UGUUGGACCUUAGUUGUUAGUUUUCUUUCAUACAGUUUGAGUCAACUUCUGUAUUUUUCCCGUGCGCUUUGAACCAUUGUUCAAGUUUGAGAUCUUUUUUUUCAAACAAUAUUGCUUUGCAACUAUAUCUUUCCAUAUUUCUUUGUCUUAUACAUUGUAGAUUCAUAGGACACAACACAAAUAUUUUUUAUAUCGAUGGAGAGCAUGAUUUAGUUAUCUUUUACACUGCAUAUUUUUGCAACAAGGUCCUAUACACGUUUCCUAAGAGGUGUCAUUGUUUCUGUAUUAGUAGUAGAAUUUGUGUGCACAUUUCUUUUACUUUAUCCAGACCACUGCGAAAAAAGUGCAAAAGUGGAUAACUGAACCUAUGUAACCGAGAAUCCGAAUAAUUGAGUCUCAUUUCAGUUGAUACAAAAUUGUUUUAUCUUGCAUCACCGAAGUGAAAAGAAAUAAGUUCCAAUAACUAUGAGUAUGAGACUCAAGAGAUCCAAAACUUUCUGAGCUUCCUGCCUCUAUGCUCGCUACUGGUGGCAUGCCUGAUCGGUGCUUCAGAUUUGCACCUCCUCCUUGUGUCCAUGGAUUUUCCUGGUUUUUAGUUGAGAUGUGAAGAGAAACUUUUUUUACCAAUGUAUGGGUGCUUGAAGUUGCUUUUUUGUUUAAUUAAGCCCAAUAGUUUGGAGAACUAAUUUUCCCUUUCCCGAUGGUUAGAUUUCAUGAGAGUGUGUCGGAGGGAAGACCCCGGGUAGGGCAAUGGACGCGGAGUAGCCGGCUGGAGGCUGACCGGCUGACCGGCUCGCGGCAAAGGCCGGCUGAGGAGCAGUCGGCUGGAGCCGUGGCCGGCUGCCUCGGAAGCCGGCUGGCUCUAAGUCCUAGUCGGCCUGGCUACGGCCGUCUGCGCUGUGGCUGGGCUAGCUUCUACAAGCCAUAUCCGACUGGGGUUUUACACUCUAGACCGACUCGAGGCUGGCGAGUCUUGCAUGAGAAGGAACUGGGUAGGUGGUCCGGGUUCAGAGGUCUACGCUGACCUCAUCUCCCGUAAAGUACGGGGCACUGUGGAGCAAUAGUGCCACGCGGCGGACAGGCCAUCAUGGCGUACGUCGGUCCACACCGGCUACAGGGCAUGAUGGCGACAGAGACACUUCCUCUCCAUACCGCUGACUCAGGCAGUCGGAUGGGACAGGCCAUGAGGCCUCAACGGCUACUGACGUCAACGCCUCGGGAAGGAGCGGAAGCCGGAGCCGGCCAAGCCGGCCAAGCCGGCCAGUAGACCAUAGGGACUUCUAUGUAAAGUGCCAGCGCCUAUAUAAGCUGCACUACCCCCUCUCGUGCAGGGGAUCGAUCAUUCUCACUUCAUUCUAGUCUUAGCGCUGCCCUGUGAGAGAGACCUUCGUCUACCUUAGCCUCCCAGGGCAAGCCGGAUACAGCUCUAGGAGCACCAUUGUACUGUGUGAUCACCAUAUACACUCAUAGCAGGAGUAGAGGUGUUACCUCCACAGGAGGGCCUCGAACCUGGGUACGUCGACUGUGUCAUUCGUCCCCAUACCCGCAUCCGGAUACCGCCGUGAGACCACUAGGAACCACCUUCUUUAGCCAUCCUAUGGCAUAUGCCGUGACGAUACCACGACAUUUGGCGCCCACCGUGGGGCCUUCAGCGUCCUCGGCCGGUGUCUUCAUCCGGACGGGCCUCACCACCACCACCGGCGAGCGAGUUGCUUCAGGCUUGAUCUGGAGAUUCGGCUCCCUCGACUACGUCAGCGACAACGCUGGCUGCUUCGCCGACCGGCCCUUCCCUGCCGGCGGCAGCAUCAUCUCCUUCGGCGGCCACGACGUCUACGUCGCCAUCGUCGCACCGCCGCGCUACCCGCGGCAGGUGCUGCGUUGCGCAAGCCCUCCCCCAGGAGCCGGCGCCAGCAGCGUUCCCGCCAGCCCCGCCGUCGUGCAAGUCAUGAUGGCUGGCGAGAAGCUCCCCACCAAGUCCACUCGCGUUCGCGGCCCCAACAUGGAGCGCAACGUCGACCCCCACGCAUCCGGCUCGGGCCCAAAGGAGCCCGCGCCACCAUCCCGGCUGGACGAAGUCCGGGCAAAGCUGAGCUCUCCGCUCACAGCAGGCGGCGACGCCACAGUCGUCGAGGCGGACCUGGAGGCGCAUCGCCAGCUCCUCCUCAAGCAGGCUGACGAGCUGGCCACUGCCAAACGCCAGCUGGAAAUCACCCGGUGCGAGCUCGACCGCGCCCACGGCGUCACGCCAGGCGGCAACAACCCCAGCCGAGCCGGCAUGAUCCGCCGGCUAGGAGGCGGCCUAGGCGCCGAGAUCGACCGCGACGGCGCGGAAGCGCCGGCUCCAUCCAUGGAGCUACCCGUCUACAACACCCCCGACAAGAACAUCCUCGCAGCCGAAGCCUCCUCGAGGGAGAAGAGCUACGCCGCCAAACGAAGAACUAGUCAUCUACUGUGACAACAUGGGUGCCAUCGCCAAUGCACAAGAACCAAGGUCACACAAGAGGCCGAAGCAUAUCAAGCUGCGUUACACUCGAUUCGCGAGUACAUCGAAGAUGGAGAAGUAAAGAUUUGCAAAGUACACACUGAUCUGAAUGUAGCAGAUCCGUUGACUAAUGCUCUCCCUAGGGCAAAGCAUGACCAACACCAGAAUGCCAUGGGUGUUAGGUACAUUACAAUGUAAUCUAGAUUAUUGACUCUAGUGCAAGUGGGAGACUGUUGGAGAUAUGCCCAAGAUGCAAUAAUAAAAGUGGUUAUUAUAUAUCUUUAUGUUUAUGAUAAAUUUUUAUAUACCAUGCUAUAAUUGUAUUAACCGAAACAUUGAUACAUGUGUGAUAUGUAAACAACAAAGAGUCCCUAGUAUGCCUCUUAACUAGCUUGUUGAUUAAUGGAUGAUUAGUUUCAUAAUCAUGAAAAUUGGAUGUCAUUAAUAACAAGGUUAUAUCAUUGUAUGAAUGAUGUAAUGGACACACCAAAUUAAGCGUAGCAUAAGAUCACGUCAUUAAGUUAUUUGCUAUAAGCUUUCGAUACAUAGUUACCUAGUCCUUAUGACCAUGAGAUCAUGUAAAUCACUUAUACCGGAAAGGUACUUUGAUAACAUCAAACGCCACUGCGUAAAUGGGUGGUUAUAAAGGUGGGAUUAAGUAUCCGAAAAGUAUGAGUUGAGGCAUAUGGAUCAACAGUGGGAUUUGUCCAUCCCGAUGACAGAUAGAUAUACUCUAGUCCCUCUCGGUGGAAUGUCGUCUCAUGUCUUGCAAGCAUAUGAAUAAGUUCAUAAGAGACCACAUACCAUGGUACGAGUAAAGAGUACUUGUCAGGAGACGAGGUUGAACAAGGUAUAGAGUGAUACCGAUGAUCAAACCUCGGACAAGUAAAAUAUCGUGUGACAAAGGGAAUUGGUAUCGUAUGUGAAUGGUUCAUUCGAUCACUGAAGUCAUCGUUGAAUAUGUGGGAGCCAUUAUGGAUCUCCAGAUCCCGCUAUUGGUUAUUGGUCGGAGAGAGUACUCAACCAUGUCCACAUAGUUCGCGAACCGUAGGGUAACACACUUAAGGUUUGAUGUUGAAAUGGUAGAACUUGAAUAUGGAAUGGAGUUCGAAGUAUUGUUCGAAGUCUCGGAUGGGAUCCCGGACAUCACGAGGAGUUCCGGAAUGGUCCGGAGAAUAAGAUUCAUAUAUAGGAAGUCAUUUUAUAAGAUUUAAAAUGAUCCGGAAGAUUUUACGGAAGGUUCUAGAAAAGUCCGGAAGGAAUCACUAAGGAAGGAGGAGUCCCGGAUGGACUCCACCUCCCCAUGGCCGGCCAACCCUAGAGGGGGGAGUCCAAGGUGGACUCCACCAAGGGGGCCGGCCACCCCGGGAUUCCCACCUUGGGUAGGUUUCCCUACUACAUGGAAGGUUUUGGGUUGGGGUCUUAUUCGAAGACUUGUAGUCCAGCACUUGGGGGUUCCACCUAUAUAAUGAGGGGCCAAGGGGAGGGGGCCGGCCACCCCAAGACCACAAGGUGGCUGCACCCCUAGUGGCCGGCGCCCCCCUCUCCCAAACCCUAGCCGCCCCCUCUCUCCUCCACCACUCCCGCACGCUUAGCGAAGCUCCGCCGGAGUUCUCCACCACCACCGCCACCACGCCGUCGUGCUGCCGGAUUCAAGGAGAAGCUACUACUUCCGCUGCCCGCUGGAACAGGGAGAAGGACGUCGUCUUCAUCAACACCGAACGUGUGACCGAGUACGGAGGUGCUGCCCGAUUGUGGCACCGUGAUCAAGAUCUUCUACGCGCUUUUGCAAGCGGCAAGUGAUCAUCUACCGAAGCAAUAAGAGCCUACUCUUAUAGGCUUUGGAAAUCUUCAAGGGUGAGUCUCGAUCAUCCCCUCGUUGCUACCGUCUUCUAGAUUGCAUCUUGGCUUGGAUUGCGUUCUCGCGGCAGGAAAUUUUUUGUUUUCUAUGCAACGAAUCCCUACAUGAACUCCUACGGGAAAUCCAUCAAGGAGAAUGCGGCCAUCACGCCUCCUCCAGAGCCAUAGUGGCCAAAACUUUCCGGCACGGUUUUUACUGGCCGACCGCGCUCAAGGACGCAGAAGAACUGGUGAAGAAGUGCAACGGCUGCCAGCGCUUCGCAAAGAAGAGGCACUCGCCGGCUUCCGCCUUGAAAACCAUCCCCAUCACUUGGCCGUUUGCCGUAUGGGGCUUGGAUAUGGUGGACCCGUUCAGAACGGCGCGAGGCGGCAUGACACACCUCUUGGUGAUGAUUGACAUAUUCACCAAGUGGAUCGAAGCCAAGCCGAUCAAGAAGCUGGACGGCUCCACAGCCGUCACGUUCCUCAAGGAGAUCAUCGUGAGAUACGGCUAUCCCCACAACAUCAUCGCCGACAACGGCAGCAACUUCGCCCAAGGCAUUUUCUCUCGCUAUUGCGAGGAAAUGGGGAUCCGGAUGGAUCUAGCGUCCGUGGCGCACCCGGAGUCCAACGGGCAGGUGGAGAAGGCCAACGGCUUGAUCCUAGACGGCAUCCGGCCCCGGUUGGUGGAGCCGCUCGAGCGAGCAGCCGGCUGCUAGAAUGAAGAGCUUCCCAAUGUGCUGUGGAGCCUGCGUACAACGCCAAACUGCUCAGUCGGCUUCACACCAUUCUUCCUCGUAUACGGGGCCGAAGCUGUCCUGCCGACUGACAUCGAGCACAACGCGCCAAGGAUUAAGCUCUACACAGAAGCUGAAGUUAAAGAAGCUCGCGAAGAUGGAGUCGACCUGGUCGAAGAGGCCCGACUGCUGGCCGUGUCUAGAUCUACCAUUUACCAGCAAGGCCUCCGACGCUAUCACAGCCGGAAGGUCCAGUCCUUAGCAUUCCGAGAAGGAGACCUAGUGCUCCGGCUGAUCCAACGGACAGCCGGACAGCAUAAACUGUCAUCCCCAUGGGAGGGUCCCUUCAUCGUGAGCAAGGCGGUAGGCAACGAUUCCUACUAUCUCAUAGAUGCCCAAGAGGCUAAAAAGAACAAUCCGGACAAGGCUGACUGAGGAGACGAAACAUCCCUGGAAUGUCAAGUUGCUUCGCCCAUUUUAUACUUGAGAGCAAGAAUGUAUGUAUCCCUUGUACUCCUUUUGUGAGCUGUGGAGCAAGCGCCAAGAGCGCCGUUUCCGACAAGUGUUUCGCAUACUCUACUUUGUUUCGCCGAUUGGCUAACACCCUCUCACGCGGCCGGCUUAGUAACGUGAUCCGGUUUCCGACAGCCGGCUUCCGGUCCAGCUACAGACCGCAACCCGGCUGUCCGGCUGGCGGGAGCAAGUGCCUAGGGAGCCGGCACGCGAAAGACGGUCAAGAGAAAGAGUGAAAGAAAAUUGACUUGCAAUUUUCAUAAAAGUGCCGGAUUGCCGAACUCGGCUCGUUCGACUGAAAUACUGUCGGCCUCACCCAGCGGCCCGCUCUUGAUCCGGCGAUGGAUCGCAAGUCGGACGUGCGACCGGCAAGAGCAAAGCCAAAGAGUGGGGCGGAUGGGAAAAAGCGAACAAGUCGGAAGAAAGCAAGCCGACACGCAAAUGAUUAACAAACACAUUAAAGUGUGCCUUAAUAAAAGGAUAAUAAAUAUUCAUACAUAUGCACCCGGCAUUCCGGGGAUUUAACAGAUUGUCUUGCAAAAGCAACAUAAUAAACAGGUACAUUUAAGCACCGGCUGGAUCAGGACCGGUCGGGGGAGCAUCAGCGGAGCCGGCUGCCGGGUUCUCCUCAGGCGUGUCCUCCGCCUCCUCAUCUUCUGCCUCCUCGUCCUCGCCCUCAGACGGCGGGUUCGGAUCCUCGACGAAGACGCCUUUGUCGACGAAGUCGGCAAUGGCGCAGGCUUGGGCCAGCCGGGCAGUUUUGUUUUCCGCCGGGAGUGCGUCCUCCACGCCGGCUCGCCGGCACUCAAGCUGGUCGAGGCUGACCUCGUUGUACCAGGAGAGCACGAAGGACAGCGCCAUGUCGGCCCCAGCGCGCGUAGCUGAUUCCCUCCAGUCGAGGAAGCGGUCAGGCGCCUUCUCCAGCCAGGUGAUGAGGUUGGCGAGGUCCUGCGGCAGCGUCUCGAUCAGCCACAGCAGCCGGAUCAGCUCCUCCGCCGCCUUCCGGAGCUCCCAGCCAAGCUUCGUGAUGGGCACGACGCGGGCGGCCAUGGACGCCAGGUAGUCCUCCAUGGUGAAGUACUGAGCGCUGCCCUCGCCGGUCUCCCGCCUCCGGGCGUCGCGCGCAACACCAACUGCUGCUAGCGCCGCCUCCUGCGCCUCAGGGAAGGCCGCUGAAAAAAAGAAGCAUGUCAGAAAUCUAUCGAAGCUGGAAAAAGGCAGAAAAAUGCAAAUUCUCGAAGUCCUAAAGUAAGACUGGCGGCAGCCGGCAUGAGCCGACUGCCCCUAGCCCGAAGAUGGAGAUUCCGAAGCCCUAAAGUAAGCCUGGCGGCGGCCGGUAAUAACCGACUGCCCCCAGCCAGAAGAUGCAAAUUUUCGAAGUCCUAAAGUAAGACUGGCGGCAGCCGGCAUGAGCCGACUGCCCCCAGCCCGAAGAUGGAGAUUCCGAAGCCCUAAAGUAAGCCUGGCGGCGGCCGGCAAGAACCGACUGCCCGCAGCCUAAAGAUGGAGAUUUCGAAGUCCUAAAGUAAGACUGGCGGCAGCCGGCAUGAGCCGACUGCCCCCAGCCCGAAGAUGGAGAUUCCGAAGCUCUAAAAUAAGCCUGGCGGCAGCCGGCAAGAACCGACUGCCCCCAGCCUGAAGAUGGAGAUUUCGAAGUUAAAAGAAAAAAGACUGGCGGCAGCCGGCAUGGACCGACUGCCCCCAGCCCGAAGAUGGAGAUAUCGAAAAAUCAGAGUUUCUGCCGCCGGCUGCCAACCUAAGCCAGCAGCCGACAGCCGAAAGCCGGCAAAGGGAAAGGAAGAAAGAAAAUGCAGACUCACCCGCCAAGCCGCGGUCGAGCGCGCCAAUCUCCUCCACCCACCGCUUGGCGGUGGCCGACAGCUCUUCGGACUUGGCGGUCACCUCUUGGCGAAGUGCAAGCUGCUGCUGGUCCACCUCCUCCAACCGCUUGCUCAGGCCCUCCACCUCUCCUCCUCAGCCUGUUUGAGGGCGGCGAGCUCCUUGAGGUGGUUAUCCUCAAGCCGGCGCAGCCGCGUCAGCUCCCCCUAAGCCACCUUUAGCUUGGCGGCAGCAGCCCGGCCCGCCUCCUCGCUCUCGGUGCAUUGGGCGCGGGCGGCCCGAAGGUCCGCCUCCAGUUGCGGGACCCGGGCGGCUUCAGCUGCAAGUCGGCAAGAAAAGUCGUUAGCCGAGUGAAAUCGAAGAAAAAGAAGGCAAGUCAAAAGGAAGAAAACCCUACCCUUGGCGACCUCCAGCUCACGAGCCAAGCCGGCUCGCUCGAUCUUCGCCUUGUGGUAAGACUGGCGGAGAAGCGUCGGAACGACUGCCCGCCGGAGUUCGCCAGGGAAGCGUUGGAGAAAAUGCGCCGGAGCAACGAAGAGCUCGAGCGAAAAGAAGAAGUAAAGCGAGAGCGCGAGGAGGAAGAAAGUGGCACAGUGGCCGCCUCGAUGCCUCCCCCGCGGCAUUUAUAGCCACCUGCCGCGGGCGGUUGGCCUCCAAGUGGCGGACGCGGGCCACGAUCUCCGGAUUUACUGCGCCUUAACGUCCCCCACGACCGCAGCGGUUACCAGAAACGGACACACCACGUCCCCCGCGACCGCACGGGAUCCGGAGGCGACAUUGAUGUGACCAGACGAAGCGGCAGCAGGAGCCAACCGUCAGACCAGUCAAGUCGGGCGCAGGGCCCGAGGCGGCGGAGACUACGGCGGACCCAAGUCGGAGCUGGACAUUAAAUUCAAUCCGGCCCCAAACUCUCCAAGCAAGGCGGAGACAUCGCCAACACUUGUAAAAAAGCGAAAGCUGCAGAAGCAAAGCGGCGUCCGGUUAGGAGCAGCCGGACGAGGCGAGCCGGAUGAGGGCGCAGCCGGCUGAAUGAAAAUUCUCAGUCGGCCCCUCCGAGUGCCGUCAAACACAUUCAAGAGAUAUCUAAAGCCAGGAAAACCUGCCUAGGUCCCGCUUAACGCAGGUCCUUGCCAGCUUCGGGGGCUAAUGUCGGGGGGAAGACCCCGGGUAGGGCAAUGGACGCGGAGUAGCCGGCUGGAGGCUGGCCGGCUCGCGGCAAAGGCCGGCUGAGGAGCAGCCGGCUGGAGCCGUGACCGGCUGCCUCGGAAGCCGGCUGGCUCUAAGUCCUAGUCGGCCUGGCUACAGCCAUCUGCGCUGUGGCUGGGCCGGCUUCUACAAGCCAUAUCCGACUGGGGUUUUACACUCUAGACCGACUCGAGGCUGGCGAGUCUUGCAUGAGAAGGAACUGGGUAAGUGGUCCGGGUUCAGAGGUCCACGCUGACCUCAUCUCUCGUAAAGUACGGGGCACUGUGGAGCAAUAGUGCCACGCGGCGGACAGGCCAUCAUGGCGUACGUCGGUCCGCACCGGCUACAGGGCAUGAUGGCGACAGAGACACUUCCUCUCCAUACCGCUGACUCAGGCAGUCGGAUGGGACAGGCCAUGAGGCCUCAACGGCUACUGACGUCAAUGCCUCGGGAAGGAGCGGAAGCCGGAGCCGGCCAAGCCGGCCAGUAGACCAUAGGGACUUCUAUGUAAAGUGUCAGCGCCUAUAUAAGCUGCACUACCCCCUCUCGUGCAGGGGAUCGAUCAUUCUCACUUCAUUCUAGUCUUAGCGCUGCCCUGUGAGAGAGACCUUCGUCUACCUUAGCCUCCCAGGGCAAGCCGGAUACAGCUCUAGGAGCACCAUUGUACUGUGUGAUCACCAUAUACACUCAUAGCAGGAGUAGAGGUGUUACCUCCACAGGAGGGCCUCGAACCUGGGUACAUCGACUGUGUCAUUCGUCCCCAUACCCGCAUCCGGAUACUGCCGUGAGACCACUUGGAACCACCUUCUUUAGCCAUCCUAUGGCAUAUGCCGUGACGAUACCACAACAGAGUGGAAUUGAGAAAAUUGUAAUAUUGGAUUCUGCAUUAAUAGUCUGCCUAUGCUGCCAUGCAGGUGUAGUAGUUUGGCACUGGCGCUUAUAUUUUUUUAGCUCACAAAUUUGUUAAGGAAUGAGGAGGCGAAAUCCUUGGCCAAUAGAGUUGUGAUCUUACUUGGUCAACUUUGCUUCUGCUUUGUGGACUUAAUAUGUUUUUUGGUUUACUUCUGUAUCAAUUUCCCCUUUGUGCCACUAGAAUUGAGUCCUUAAAUUGAUGCGCUGACUUAUCAAAUUCAGGUUAUAUAAAUAGAAGAUGGAGACAUUCCGAAGGCCCCAACAGUACAACCAGGCUGUUUAAGCAAUGGAUAUCGGUGAGAUUCCAUCUAGGGACUAGGGUCAUGAUCAGGCGGAGCUCACCGUCCCCAAUUUCCAAAGCCAUAAGAACACCAUACCCACCAAGGGCAAAGGGAAGAAGUGACAGUGCCAUUCUCUCUGAUAGCAUGUCAUAAACAUCAUUCUGAUGGAGAAGUCCGACUAUACAACCAACAACUAUUCACAUGUUGUAUUGAUGAUAGUUUACAUAGUGUUUCACUUAUCGAAUAGUUUUUUUUCAUUUGAUGUUUUAUUACCGUUGAUAUCUAUAGAUGCUUAAUAUAGCAAUUUAGAAACUGUUCACUAGACAGCAGGCCAUGGCAAGCCCCAAAAUAUUGCCCUAUUUCCUCUUUUCUUGAUUGUAUAUAAGUGUUUGCUACUCCA